AUGACUGACGCCACCAACCUGAUGUUCUCCUCACGGCGGAGACCGAGUGACACGGAAGACGGUGCGUUAUGGACGAUGAUCAGUCGUGACGACAUGGCAGAAGCUGGAAGAUUGUUGGGGGAGUGGAAGGAGGGUCAAUUUUCAGGUCAUCCAAUACAUUCACAGCAGAUCGUCCUCGAUGCAGAUGACGUCCAGCGCCUCCGGGAUCAUAAGAUCCUUGUGUGGACUCUCAUCCAAAAGCCAGGUCAAGCAGUUUUCAUCCCGGCAGGAGUUGGCCAUCAGGUAACAAAUCAUUCGUCGUGUAUCAAGAUCGCAGUUGACUUCGUAACGCCCGCCAACGUGAUGCAUUCGAGCAAGAUCGGCGAUGAGCUCCGCGAACAUCGACUCAAGACUGAUGACACCGAGGCUGAGGACGUACUACAGUUGGCGACUAUGUGCUGGUGGACUCUUAUUCGCACAGAAACGGAUGAAUACAAACGCGCCCGCUCCGAUUUCUUCUCGGAUCCUUGGAGGUCUCAUUAUUCUGCGGCCCCACGCUACCUGCAAGUCCCUGUCAGGACAUACACGCGUGACGAUGUACCUGCCAACAAGUCCGCACCCACAGUACCUGUCAACAAGUCCGCACCCACACCUGAAGAGCCUGAUGUACCUGUCAACGAGUCCGCACCCACACCUGAAGAGCCCGAUGUACCUGUCGACGAGCCCGCACCCACACCUGAAGAGCCCGAUGUACCUGUCGACGAGCCCGCACCCGCACCUGAAGAGCCCGGUGUCCACCUAGGAAUGGACGAUGUCGUGGGGUUUGAUGGUCUUUCAAUAGGUCCUCCAUCUUCAUCAUCCACCCCGCUUCCACCGCCAUCUUUAACCUUCAACCAAACGCCGCACUCAUCUGUCCCGCCCAAACGGUCACGCGAACAUUACGAGUAUAUGUCGCCCACAGAUCGUCGGCACAAACGGCAGAAGAAAGCUCGUGUCGCUGCAAUGGCCGACGAUCCAGAAAAAACACUCACGUGCCCUAUCACUGCCUUCGAGAAGUGCAAGAGGGCGGGCGACUUGUUCAAGCGACAACAGCUUCUCAACCACCUGGAGGAAGCGCACCCCGAAUACGUUAGGUUCAGGCAUCCAAGCGGCGGACUGUCAAAACGUGAGCUCAUCAGAGAGCGCCAGAAGAUAUUAGGGCAGAAGGGUGACGAUGAAGCAUUCAUUGAAUUUCUGAAGACGUCCGUUCUGGGCAAGUUUCCCUUACCGUCGGUAUAG